AUGACGGUCGUUUGGCCCAAAAAGGUUCAAGCUUCACGAAUGUUUUUUGAAAAUAUGCCAACUGCAGAGGCUCGACUGUUACGAUCAAAAUAUCCCAACCAAAUUCCAACACCAAUCAAACUCAAGAGUCGGAUUAGCCAAUAUACCUUGUGUCAGAAAAAAAGGAACACAAACACCGGAAGAAAAAGGUUGCUCGGUCACCGGAGUGCUCUUGUCUCGGCUUGGUUGAUUGCUGAAAAAGGCUCUCCUCUAUGUAUGCAGUCGAACGCAUUUCGAGGUCGGAGAAAAUUGCAGGAAAAAUCGAGGAUUUUCACGAGUGAAAUUGAGGGUGAGAUACGGAGGGAGAUCUUAGGGCUGACUGAGGAUUUUAAAGGAGAAGGAUUGGCUACAAAAAAAUCCCGAUGGACCUUCUGA